CUACCUACCUACCUACCUACCUACCUACCUACCUACCUAGGUGUGCCUGCUCUGUUCUCCCCUCCCACUCUCACGCUCUCUCCUAUCUUUCCCACAUUUUUCUUCCCUCUCCCCCCUCCUCCUCCUCCUCCUCUGCAGAGACUGCGCCGAGUCCUCCCAAGCGUCUCUUCUUAUUUCUCUGCCCUUGCAUGGCGGGAGUGACGGAGAGCUGACGAAUGAGAGAGAAACAGCGGCCGGCCUUCCUAAAGAGCGUCGUCAUUUUCUUCUCGGCGGCUAGAUCGUCCUCUAAACCCGCUGCCACCGGUCCGUAGCAUCAGAAAGUCGCCUGUGAAACGCGGCUAGCACCACGAUGGCUGCUGCCCUUCGCUCCGGGGGUCCCCUGCGGCCGCUAUUUGCCGCCGCCUCGAGAUCCCUCGCCGCUUCGUCGACGCCGACGAGGCAGAUCCUCUCGAGAGGCUUGGUCGAGGUGGAGGCGAGCAGGCGGAUCUUCCCCAGGCCCGACGCUGGUGGAGGGGUGCCCUUUUACAACGAGCCAGACGCGCCCGUCGUGAAGACCGAGAUCCCCGGGCCUAUAUCUCAAGAGUACAUCGCCAAGCUCGACAAGGUCUUCGACACCCGGAGCGUGAACAUCAUCACCGACUACAGCAAGAGCAUAGGAAACUACAUUGUCGACCCGGACGGAAAUAUGUUGCUGGACGUCUAUGCCCAAAUCGCCUCGAUACCCGUCGGGUACAACAACGCUAGGCUGAGGAGGGCCGCUGCGAGCCUAGAAAUGGGUCUGGCGCUGAUCAACCGGCCGGCUCUCGGCAACUUCCCGCCGCACGACUGGGCCGACGUGCUCCAGUCGGGCAUCCUCAAGGUCGCGCCCAAGGGGCUCGACCAGGUCUUCACCGGCAUGUCGGGCUCCGACGCCAACGAGACCGCGUACAAAGCGGCUUUUAUGUGGCGGCGCCAGCGUGAGCGCGGCGGCCCCGCUGUCGACUUCACCGACGAGGAGACGGAGUCGGUGAUGCUGAACCAGACGCCGGGGGCCUCGCAGCUGUCCAUCCUGUCGUUCAAGACCGCUUUCCACGGCCGGCUCUUCGGCACGCUGUCGACGACGCGGUCGAAGCCGAUCCACAAGCUUGACAUCCCCGCCUUCGACUGGCCCCACGCCACCUUCCCGCUGCUCAAGUACCCGCUCGAGGAGCACGCGGCGGAGAACGCCCAGGCCGAGGCCGACUCGCUCGCCGAGGUCGAGAAUCUCAUCCUCAACUACCAUGUGCCCCCGGCGGCCGUCGUCGUGGAGCCGAUCCAGUCCGAGGGCGGCGACAACCACGCGUCGCCCGACUUCUUCCGCAAGCUGCGCGCGCUGACCAAGAAGCACGGCGUCCUGCUCAUCGUCGAUGAGGUGCAGACGGGCGUCGGCGCGACGGGCCGCUUCUGGGCGCACGAGCACUGGGAGCUGGAGGACCCACCGGACAUCGUCACCUUCAGCAAGAAGGCGCAGACGGCCGGGUACUACUACGGGGACCCGGCGCUGCGGCCCAACCGGCCGUACCGGCAGUUUAACACGUGGAUGGGCGACCCGGCGCGGGCGCUGCUCUUCAGCACGAUCGUGCGAGAGAUCGAGGCGUUCGACCUGGUGAAGAGGACGGCGACCGUCGGCGACUAUCUGUUCGGCAAGCUCGAGGAGCUCGCGGAGCGGCACCCGGGCCAGUUCGCGAACCUGCGCGGCAAGGGCCAGGGCACCUUCAUCGCCUUCGACAACCCGCGGCGCGACGAGUUCCUGCGGCGGGCGAAGCGCUUCGGCGUCAACAUCGGCGGCAGCGGCGAGAGCGCCGUCCGCCUCCGCCCCAUGCUGGUCUUCGCCCAGAAGCACGCCGACAUCCUGGUCGAGGCGCUCGAGAAGGUGGUAGCCUGGGACUGAAGGGGGGGAGAGAGUGUGUGUGGAAACGGGGGGGAGGGGUUGAGACAGACGUAAUAACACGUGCAUAUGCGCAAAGGCGGAUUCUGCCAUGCUUACUACCGACGGGUUCGUUUCACAAUACUGUAGCUUAACUGUUUCGAAGUGGUGUAAUACGAGCUGUUUCCUCGACAGGGUGUAUGCGGUUGGAGCCAAUAGGGGGAGGGGGGAGGGGGAGGAGGAAGAGGGACGCACUUACAUGACGGAGCGGGAGCCGAGAACGAGAUCGGAUCUAUCGGGGUUUCAAGAGGCAGGUAGGUGUGCGUAUGCGGUAGGCAUAUCAUGUUAGCUGGCAGCGGUCCUGGCGCGUGCGUGCAUACGUUACCUAUUUUAUCAUCUCGUCUAUUCGCAUCGAUCCAUCCGAUCUUAUUAGGGGUGGGGUUCGGUUUGAGGUAGGUGUGUGUGAGUGGGGGGAGGGGGAGGGGGGGCGCACGCGCGCGCACGUGGGAAAGGGGAGAGGAUUAAUAAAAUAAACCCCCCCCCCCCGAGAUCAGAUAAUAAAAAAAGCACUGGCGUUCAUGACGCAAAGGGAGAGACAGAGAGAUAGCCUCCGAAUUAUCGGAUGGCCGACUGAAACCGAUGAAACGAACCCCAACGAUCGGACGGACGGUACUGUAGGUAUGUAGG